UGAAGUGGUUCGUCUUGCUUUGCAGUCGGGAGGGGAUCGAAGAGAGAGAGAGAGAGAGAGAUUGAGACGGGAGGAAAUUAGGGUUAGAGAAAGGGAAGAAGUGGAAAAUUUAGGGCUGAGGUUUUGGAUGCGACGGCAUGAAAUUCCUGAUCUGCAUCGUCCUGGGGUCCGAAUCUCGAUCCCCCAAUCCAUGGAGGAAGUGAAGUUCCUCCCUACCGGCUUCCGGUUCCAUCCCACGGAGGAAGAGCUCGUCUGUCACUACCUCAGAAACAAGGUAUCCUCCUCCAAGUCAUCUUGCUCGCGAUCGGCUGUGGAAUUGAUUAGGGAGGUCGAUGUCUUCCGCUUCGAUCCCGCGGACCUGCCGGCUGAAGCCGGGCUCGCGACCGGAAAAGACCAGUGGUUCUUUUUCUCGGCCAGGGGAAGGAGGGACGGUCGGAGGAGCCGGGCGACGGACAGCGGAGUCUGGAAGACCGUAGGGAGGGAUGAGCCUGUUGUCUCGGCGAAGGAGGGGGUCGUGGGAAUGAAGAGGACGCUGGCUUUUUACCGUGGGAAGCCACUUUUCUCCGAGAAGACUGAAUGGAUGAUGAACGAGUACGUGCUCGUUGGCGGUGGUGAUCACUCUGCGACGAACAAGGAUUCUUUUGCCAUUUACCGAAUGUUUUUAGAUCCACAUUUUGGAAGACAAAGACCAGAAAGUGAUGGGCAGCCCUGUGACAAAUAUGAGGUUGCUGAACAGGAUGAUGGAACAGCAAUAUCUUCCAUUGCAGAAAUUAAUGUUCAAGAAGACACAGUUUCAGAGGGUGAUGAGCUUCAAAAGAUUCUGAUGGAAAUGUUAGAUGAGGAAGAAGAGUUGGAAGGUCUUGUUCUGCAGCCACCAGAUGUAUCUUUGCAUCAUGAAAUGUCGGAUGAAGGCUUUAGUGCACUUCACUGUUCAAGUGAUAAUGAUUGUUUAAGUGAUGAAGACUUGCUGCGUGCAAUUUUAGAAGGGGACUUCAUCGAAUUAAAUGAUUUGGUCCCGCCUCUUUCAGAGCCUACCGCUCCUUAGUGAAGUUCCACCUCUUUCAGAGCCUACCGCUCCUUAGUGAAGUUAUCUAAGGUGCAUGAAAAGCUGGUUAAUGCUACCUGGCAUUGCUUGGCGUAUGUGAAAUUGAGAUUCAAUGGCACCUCAAGAGAAAGUUCUUUCGAACGAAAAGUUUGUAUGGACAUCAAUCAAACCCCAAAAAAAGCAAGCAGUGAAGCUGCUAAUUAUCUUUUUCUCAAUCCCGGUGUUUCAGAAUAUUGACGUUGUCAACCGAUGCAGUUGACAGUUUUGAUGCACAUGGACGAGAUUUGAUGGCAACCUUAUGGUUAAGAUAGAAGAAACUCAAAGGUAGAACUCGGGAGAGAAAAUUAGAAAAUAAAUCCAUUAUAUGAUCAUUUUUGCAGAUGUAUUGACAUCGUCAACCGAUGCCGCUUUAGCUCUGGAGAGGUAAAACUUACAGGCUCUCGAGCUUUUCAGCUACGGAGAUCAAGGCUGGUUUCAGGAAAAUUAGUGGCAAGGCAGUCCCAGAUUCAUAUCGCUUGCUCUGUAUUUAGUAGUUGCUUGCUUUCUUAGGUCUGAAGUCGAUUUCUUGGGUGCUUGACGAAUUUGGCUUGUUGUUUCCUUUUUCCUGCUACUGGUAAACUGCUACAUAUAUAUAUAUUUUUACUGCCCUUGUGUAAUGUAUGCAAGAAGAGAUGAACUUUUGGUUCUGGAACACCAAGAUCAUGAAAUUCCUGGGAAAAUAAAGGGCCUUUAUUACGUGUGUCAA